GGGACGGCGCUGCGACGCGCUGACGCAGUGUCGCGCUGACGCUGUGAUGACGUGGGGCCCGGCCCCGUCACCAGGCACCGCGCUGGGCCAUGGCUGUGCUCCGGCGCCGCGGGCGGGCUCACUCGGUGUUCAGCCACGAGUUCGUCAUCCACAACCGGGCCGACAUCGCGGCCGCGCUGGUGCUCAUCGUGCUGGGCGGACUCAUGUUCGAGGUCACAGCCAAGACCUCCUUCAUGUUCAUCUCUCCACAGCACAAUGUCACCUCCACCACCCCAGAUGGGGAUGUUGUAUAUUAUGUCUACGGCACCAGUGAUUGUGCCACCAUCUCAUUCUAUAUCUUCAUUACCAUUAUCUUACAUGCUGUUGUCCAGGAGUACACGCUCGAUAAGGUGAACAAGAGGCUGCACCUGUCCAAGGUGAAGCACAACAAGGUGAAUGAGUCGGGGCAGUUGCUGCUCUUCCACCUCGGCACCAGCGCCUGGGGUAUCUACCUGGCCGUCACCGAGGGAUACCUCAGUGCCCCGUCCAGUCUCUGGGAAGACUACCCCCACACACACCUCACAUUCCAGAUGAAGUUUUUCUACCUGUGCCAGCUCUCCUACUGGCUGCACAUGAUCCCGGAGCUCUACUUCCAGAGAGUGCGUAAGGAGGAGGUGCCGCGGCAGCUGCUGUAUAUCGGCCUGUACCUGGCACACAUCGCGGGUGCCUAUCUACUCAACCUGACGCGGGCAGGGCUGGUGAUGGCGGUUCUACAGAGCGUGGCAGAGCUGGUUUUCCACAUGGCCCGGCUGCAGUACUUCACCAACUCGGACAGGCAGGCGCUGUGAGUGGGGGGGGGCUCGUGGACAGGGGAUUGGGUGGGUGGGUACAC